CACGAGCGUGAAAUCUUGAGUACAACUGUUCAUCGCAAAAUAGAGCAUCCCACAGUCACUCGUUCUCAGCAAAUCCCUGUCCCUCAAAAUGGAGAUAAGUUUGAAUCUGUCACAUUGUAUAGUCCGGAUAUAUUUAUCGAUCUCCAGGACCAUGAAUUACUUCACACCAGAUUGCAACAACUAUGUCCUGCAGGGCUCUUGCCCAACCAAUCCCAUGCUAGCUGCUGUCCAUGCCCGAUCCUCGUCAGCGUCCAGCACCAGGAGCUAAUGAAAAACACAAAUGAAGCUUUGGUGGCGCAGUCUCCGAAGCGCAUGCCAUUGACCGAAAAAAAAGGAGGAUCUUCUGCGAGAAUUUUCUUCCCAGGACGCUUGGGAUCGUGGCGACCUGACUUUCUCAUUGAGCAGAAUGAAGCUGGAAACGAGAGGCUUCGCAUAAGUGAGAUUAACACCCGGUUUUCCUUCAACGGGCUCAUGCACGAUGUGUAUGUACAACAGGCCAUGCGAGAUAUUGGCGUCAACGGUGAACAUAAUGGCCUCUUUGGCACGAUCGUGAGAUACGAUCAUCCAAAGAAAGCUCCCUGGUAA